AUGAUUCCCACUCGGAGCUUAGCCGCUCAGAGCGGUUUCUUCAAGCGUAGCGCCGAAGAGCUUGGCCGCUUGUCGAAGAUUGCAUGGAACACCGAAGCCCUCCACACCCCUACCAAGCCCUAUGUCAUGCUCGAUUUCCAAGACCCAGAGACCGUUCAGAGCUGCAAGACCAUGGCCGAUCGCGUGGUCGGUGGAUUCAGCACCGCUAGCAUCGACUACGAGCCCGGCGAUCCCUCGUCCAACACGCCGCCACACGCUCGAUUUCACGGCUCCAUUUCGACUAAGCUCCCAGAUAACUGGCGCGUUGAGAGAACCGGAUACGCUGCGUUCCGCAACAAGGACCGCGGUAUGUGGCUUUUCGGCCGUCUUUAUUGGGAUGUCGACCCCUACGCCUACCUCGCGCUCCGCAUCAAGUCCGAUGGCAGACGAUACACCGUGAACGUUCAGACAGACUCCGUCAUCGAAACAGAUAUCCACCAGCACAGAUUGUAUAGCCGGCACCACCGCGUAUAUCAGGAUGCAUACGAGAAUGCGACACAACAGGACGAACCUGGUCGCCUUCAAUCAUUGGAAGACGAAGACCUCGACGUAUAUCCAGCCCCGCGAGGAGUGCCUGACGCGCUUUCUGAGAUCCCGCCCGAGUCCACCAUUAUCGGUUCAUCCUCUACUUCAACAACCACAUCAGGCACGACGGGGUGGGAGACCGUUCUCCUGCCGUUUAACUCGUUCGUCCGAACUAACCACGGCUUCGUCGUCGAGCCGCAGACAUCUCUCCUUCGUCAACGGAUCAAGAGUAUCGGUAUCGGUCUCACGGACCGUGUCGAGGGUCCGUUCGACCUGCGCAUUCACAAGAUCUGGGCUACAAAUGGUAUGAGCGAGGCUGAGAUUGAGGAGGAGCGAGCUAUCUGCGGUGCGGAUGCGUUGCCGGUGGAUGAGGGUGUUCAGUCGGGCUGGGUGGAAAGUAACAAGAAGCCCAAAGGUACUGACAACCAGAAAAGUCCCAAUGCGAAGGGACUGAAGGGACUUCGGUCUGAAUGGGAUGAGUAA